UACAAGGAAGUCAUCUUCGCCACACUUUGCAAAGUUAAAGUCUUAAGAGUAAGAGAGCUAGAAGUGAUCAUCUGUGUUUAGUAACCCUCUAAACGUUGCCACAACAUCCAGACAACGCAGUUAUCAGCAGCAGCAACAACAUGGCAGAGAAAACUACCUGUAUGGUCACUUGCCCUGCCUGUCCAGAGUGUCCAACAGUUGGCAUACAGGUGGCAAGUGAUAAUUCUACAUCUGACAUGUCUGACACUCGUAGCAGUGAAGAUGCUACCACCCCUGGACUGAACACAGCAACUCCAGACACAUUGCCAAAUCCAUGCUUCCAAUGUGAUUGUGAAAUGUGGAAGAGAAGUACCUUUUGUCUAGUGGUAGUAGUCAUCAUCCUGAUUAUUUUAGUGGUGGUGUUGGUCAGCCUUUUAUACAAGCAAAGAAAAGAUGGCAGACCUCAGAAACGUCAAGAUCCGGAAAAUGCCCCUUGUAACGGCCAAGAUGGAAUUCAUUAUAACAAAUCCAACGGGAAGGUUUCUACGGAAAAGUUUUUGAUAGACUCCAGUGGUAGUACCCCUGUGUUUUGUUCUGCUGUUUCUUCUCAAGAGCAACUGAAUGCAUCUUACAGCGGAGGCCCUUUAGUUUUCACGCACUUUUCUGUCCCACACAAUGAAUACAAUCUUGCCAAGGAAUCCAUGGCUGCCCUAAACGACUGUGAAGUGGAUGUCCACAACCCCCCAACCGGCACUGGCAAAGAAGCUGGUGUCACCGUUGCCACAGGGAGUGAUGUUGCCACACCAAAAAAGAGCCCAGCUAGCGAGCCACCCAAAAGUUUGAAGGUGAACACCAAACCGUUGCUGAAGAGGGAUUACAAUGUCAGUGAAGGCACGCCAAGUACCCAGCCCUUGCUGGCCACCAGCACACAGCCUGGGGACACUGUGGCAAGUGACACGGUGACGAGCAUUUCUGGUCACAUUGGAAACAAUGUUGAGUCCUUGCAAAACACCCCGCCAGGCAGCACUUCACUACACGAGGCACCUACUGCACCAUACAGGGAAAGUCCACCAACUUCACCUUCCUGCAGUGCAUUUGAGAAAUCAGAAGGCCAGUGUGGAACAACAUCCCACUGUAACGAAUGGCACGCUGACUUUGUCAAGGACAAUAUCAAUGUCACAAACCACACAGACUUCUUUGCCAAGCUUGGCUUGAGCAAAACAAAAUAUGAGGUAACGAAGUACGACCACAGGCAUGAGGGAAUACAGGAGCAGAUCAGGCACGUCAUCAUCAAUGACUUCAUCGGAAAAGAGGACAACCCGUCCAUCUACAGGUUGCUUUCUGCAUUAGAUGCAAGUGGUAACAAACAUGUCUCCAGGAUGUUCCGGGAAAAAUUCAAUGUUACCAGCAGUGCAGGUUCUUAACCUCAUCACAAGGUUGGAGUGCUGUAGCUGAGUCCGUAAGUUAGGCACAAGUAACAUGGAUGUAGUGACAAGGGAACACUUUUUUUCACAUGGACUUAUGAUGGACUAGCUAGCUGGUGACGAUUUGUGAUGGACUCGACAACACUAUUAUUAUUAUUAUUAUUAUUAUUAUUAAUCAUUUCUGGUAAUGAAACCAAGGAUUCCCCAAAAGCGCCCUAGGCACUGUAGCUCGCAAGCCUGAAGAAACCUGUGGAGAGAAGACAAUGAGAAGAAGUUACAGUUUUGGUGUUUUUUGUACCCUUUUCUUAAACCAUUCAGCUUCCAAUGAACAUCUCUGUGAUAGAAAAUUGGUGCAGAAUCGAAUUGAGAUGGUUUCCAGGUUACUUGGGACUUGUAAAACUGAUUUGUUGUGCCUUGAGAAGUUUAUUAAAGAGCCGGCGUUCAGUGCUGGAAUGUGGUAUCCAUGCAUGUCCUUUGCAGUGCAGUGUGCACAGCCAUGGGGACAGCUGAGAGUGUGGUAGAGACUCCCUCCUCAAGAAAUACUGUAACGAGGAACCGUUAAAACUGGCUGGCAUUUUUAACUUGGCAAAAGCUGUGCAAAGCACAGGCAUCGUGCAGGAACUGUUGAAGGCGCUGGUUAGUGUGGGAAAAAAUUGAAGUACAUGUACAUCUACCAGUGCAUCACUUCAGUUCAAAUGCAGCACGAGUCAAGUCAAGUGCAGUGACAGUGUUAUUGUACUUGUACUCGGUAGUUGUACUUGUGUACAACUGAGGGGCCGUGUCGUAAGUCCAAAGCCUCAUAAGUCCGAAGUCUCAUAAGUCUGAAAUUUUGGAAUGAUGAGGUGUCGGAUUUAUGAAAUUUCAGAAUUAUGAGGUGUCGGAUUUAUGAGGCCUCAGACUUAUGAAUUCCGCCUCAUAGUGCCAACGCCUCAUAGGUCCGACGCCUCAUAAAUCUGACAUCAGACAAACGAGGCGCCGGACAAACAUGUAUGAGUUGUAUUCAUCCGCUUCUGUGUUGUAUUCAUCAACUCAUUUAUUCGUACAGCCACCACUGCCACAUGACACAGUGCUUAAUAUCAAUAUUUUGUCCGUGGGCGGAGAUUGAGCAAUUUGAUUCCUGCAAAAGUGUUUCAUUUUGAAAGAGUAACAAAACUGCCCAGCAAAACUGUUUGGCGGCAAAUCAACUUGAUGUACAUGCUGUUCGAUAUAUGCAAGCUUGAUAGAUGCAGUACGGUACCUUGACUUAAUGAUACAACAUUUAAAACAUUUAGCAAAACCUUCGUGGCUCGCUUGAAAUGCUUACAUUUAGCCAAAUGCUCAAACAUUCAGCCACCACUGAACAAAGGCUACAUGUACCUGCCUUAUAAAGUACAUGUGAGCCUUAUUGUGUAUGAGAGGCAUGAAACAUCAGUCUUACGAUAGCUGAGCAGCAUGAUAAGGGUUCAAAACGUUCAAGGUUUCAUUGACAUGAAAAUGGUUGGGAAUAUUUGUGAACAACACAUGUACAUGUAAGUACAUGUACAAAAUGUAUGAGUGUUUUUGAGCAUCUGAAGUACCGUACUUAAGUUUAGUUUCUGUGUUCGUUCAAAGCUUAUCUGAAUGACUUUUUCACUUGUUUAUUGUGUUUAUGAGGAAUUUCCACUUUCUGGAUUAAAAAUGUUCACCCGUUGAUAACACACAAGAAUAUUGGCAUAGUAGCCUAUAUAUGGAACAAUUUUCUUGAGAAUGUUGUAAAAAAAUAAACUAGUCCUCUUUAUGUUUGUGAGAGGAACAUACCUGAGACUACAUGUACAAUGUAGCUAAAAAUUAAGAUUGUUUUUUUUUUUUCAUUUUUAUGUUGUUUACAUCUUAUCAAGUAUAAAGAGUGAUGUGUACAUAAUAUGUAUGUCCCAUUUGUAUAUACUCAGAAACUGCAAUUAACUAAAAUAGCCUGAAAUAAAAGUAGCAUACAUUGUAGUUACAUUUGUAACUUAUUUGUUU